UUUUCCUAAUUGAACUUCUUUCCCUUUCUUUCUCUCUUCAGUGGCGGAUUUACCUCAUACCACGCUGGUGCACCAGCAAUAAAAAAAAAAAAAAAUAUUAAAAAAAUUUCAAAAAAAUCACGCUGGUUGGCUCUUGGCUGUAGUCACAAACUUCUUUUCUCUCACUCACAAUCGCAGACUUCUUUCUCUCUCAUAAAACCUCAAACGUUUUCGUUGCUGGCUUGACUGGUUUCGUCCGGCGACCUCACCGGCGGCGCCUUCGUGGUCGAUUCGUCACUGCUGGUGGGCUGGUGGCUUCGUCCUUCGUGGGAGAUUCGUGGCUUCAAGUACGUGGUCGGAAUUCGUGGCUUCAACUCUUCAAGUGGUCGGAAAUCAGAUUCCUUGGUGGACGACAGUGGCCGGAUUUCUUGUUUUACUCUAGUUCUUCAUCAAAGAUAGAGAAAUAAAGACAAUUUUUAGUGAUGGGGAAAGAAGGAUACAUAGUUCCAGUGGACCCUCAAAUGGGGUUGAGUGUAGGCCUGAAGAAGAAACCUGUCGGGUCGCGCAAUUGGGUUUUACUUGAUUUGUUGGGCCAGGGUACUGUUCUUGAUCUUGAUAAAUACGCUAUUAUGCACCGUGUUCAUAUCCAUGCUCGUGAUCUUCGGAUUUUGGAUCCUCUUCUGUCUUACCCUUCCACUAUUUUGGGACGUGAGAAAGCCAUUGUUCUCAAUUUGGAGCAUAUUAAGGCAAUUAUUACUGCUGAUGAGGUCUUACUUCGAGAUCCUUCAGAAGAAAAUGUAAUUCCUGUUGUUCAGGAACUUCAGAGGCGGUUAUGUCCUGAAAGUGCUCAGCAUAGAAUUCAAGGGGAUGGGAAAGAGUCGGGGGGACAUGAUGUUGAAGCUAACGAUGAAGAUGAAUCUCCUUUUGAAUUUCGUGCUCUUGAGGUGGCUUUGGAUUCAAUAUGUAGCUUUCUUGCUGCACGUACUACUGAACUUGAAACUGCUGCUUAUCCCGCAUUGGAUGAGCUGACGUCCAAGAUAAGCAGCCGGAACUUGGACAGAGUAAGAAAAUUGAAGAGUGCAAUGACAAGAUUGACUGCUCGUGUUCAAAAGGUGAGGGAUGAGCUUGAACAACUUUUGGAUGAUGAUGAUGAUAUGGCCGACCUUUAUUUGUCGAGAAAGGCUGCACCUGCUUCACCACUUAGUGGAUCAGGAGCUGCCUGGUUCCCCAGUUCGCCUACCUUUGGAUCUAAGAUAUCAAGAGCAAGCAGAGCAAGUGUGGUCACAGCUCGUGGUGAUGAGAAUGAUGUUGAGGAACUUGAAAUGUUGCUCGAGGCUUACUUCAUGCAAAUUGACGGGACAUUGAAUAAACUAACUACGUUGAUGAUCUUGAACUGGAACUUGCAGCUUCGUGAAUACAUAGAUGACACUGAGGAUUACAUUAACAUUCAGCUCGACAAUCAUCGAAAUCAGUUAAUUCAGUUUGAGAUGUUAUCCUUUGGUGUUACCACCCAUGAUACGGCUAUUGGACUUGGAUAUUGAUUAUUACAACAUUAGGACAUGGCAAAAAUGCACAUACAUCCAUACUCGAGAAUAGCACUCUCACUGUACCCCUCUUUAAGGAUCAAAUCUCCUUAUAUCCCCUUUUUACAUUUGUUGUUCAAUUGGUCAUUUUUUUUGUCUAAGGUCUUUGAAUGUAAACCGUAGAUCUUUCUCCUUUAACACAAGCAGGUGGCAGUGGUUGUGCUAAGCUGAGAGCACUCCAUACUCCUUGCAUCUAUUCUUUUAUUUUUUUUAUUCUAGUCGUGUUGUAACCAUGUGGACGUGACAGCUACUUGUUGAGAGGAUGAGCAUCAUAAAUUCAGAUUUUUCCCAUCCUAGUUUGCCAACUAUACUUGAAACUAGUAAUUCCAGUUGAUAAAUGCCAGUGACCACUAUGUUCAAGUUUGCUUCACAGUUCUGCGCUUGUCCUUCCCAAGAGUAUGACUGAAGGUCUCUGAGUAACAGAAUUUGCAAUGUCAAAAAGUGUAAACUUGGAGAGAUACGCAUAGUUGAAGUUAGAAGAAUAGGAAAAUGAUUAUUGUAUAUUCUACAUUUUGAGAUGAAACCACUGGGAGAACGGAGUUGUGGUGAAGAACUUUUUAGUGGUCAUAACGUCAUUUUUUUUUUGUUUCAAGACCUCUGCAAAGAGUGCUUGGGUAAUCUAAUUAAGUGCAGAGGAGUUAGACAAUAUAAAGAGCUCCAUUGUCAACUUUCUCGAUCACUGCCUUCCUUUUAAAGAUGAAUCCACUACGAUAUUAAAGUUGGGAUCAUGUGUGUUUCAGGAGUAGUCAUAUGAGUGAUGUGGCCAAAGAUUAAAGAUUCAUGUGUGUUAAAGACCCAUAAAUACACCACUUGAAAUCUUGUCCCUGAACUUGUGUAAACUUAUCGGAACUUAAAUAUCAUAUUGGCGUAUUGAAAUUUGAAGUUAGGUAGCUCUUUUUGGCAUGAACUUAAUCUAUCUAAACUAAUAUGGUCCUUUCAUGAAAUAAAGGAAAAUUAGGUGAGUGUGGGCAUGGUCCAAUUCUUGUGUGCCUAAGACCUAGAUUGACACUUCCUUACAGAUUUUUAGCGAGAAAAUUAGGGACUUAUGAAUUUUGAAUCUCAAAGGAAGUUCUAGGAAUGUCGGUUCUUGGUCUUUAAUGGCACUAUGGGGAACAAGAGUGUGAUUGUUUUGAGAGGUUGCAACAUAUCUCAUUGUUGGAAACUUGGUUUGUGAUUGGGUUUUAUUUGUAAUUCAAGAAGUUCCAUAACUCGAACAUAUCUGAUUCUUCGCGUCAUCUGAUGAUUGAGAUUGACCUUACUAGUUUAUUAUGAUUUUGAUUUAUGUUGUGAUUAAUUUUGUUUGUGGCUACUUAUC